GAGCGGGCCCGGGCCGAGCUGCUGCGCCGAAGGGGCCCUGCGGCUGACCGCCUGGGAAGGGCCCGGGCCCGGCCAUGUCCGAUUACCGGAUCUCGGUGGAGGAGCUCAACGACCUUCUGGCUAACGGGAGCGGCUGCUACAGCCUCCCCAGCGCGCACAGCAACGAGGUGGUGCCGCGCAUCCACGUGGGGAACGCGUUCAUAGCCAAGGACAUUGCGAAGCUGCAGCAUCUGGGGAUAACCCAUGUUCUGAAUGCAGCAGAGGGGAAAUCAUUCAUGCAUGUGAACACUAAUGCAGAGUUCUAUGAAGGCACAGGCAUCAGAUACCAUGGCAUUAAAGCUAAUGACACACAAGACUUUAACCUCAGCCGCUAUUUUGAGGAGGCAGCUGAUUUUAUUGAGAAAGCACUUUCCCAGAAGGAUGGACAAGUGUUUGUGCAUUGCCGGGAGGGUUACAGCCGUUCUCCUACUCUGGUCAUCGCCUACCUCAUGCUCCGCCAGAACAUGGAUGUCAAGACUGCGUUGUGCACUGUGAGGCAGAAACGAGAGAUUGGCCCCAAUGAUGGCUUUUUAAGGCAGCUUUGCCAGCUUAAUGAGCAGUUAGUGAAGGAAGGCAAACUGAAGCCCUAAAACAGAACACCGUGGUAUUGAAGUUUCUCAAACCACCAGAGAAUGUCUUAGGUGCUUUAGAUUCCCAAACCCUAACCACUGAGCUAAAUCACAUCACAUGAGGGAGACAGGAUUCCUGCUCUUGUCUAGUGAAAGUAUCCUGGUUGAGCUCUUUCUAGAUAGCACAAAUUUGUGUCACUGUUUGGAGCUGUUGGAAUCAAGAGGUGUUUUCAGAGGGGUACCUCAGUGAUAACAGCUGUCCUCACACCUAUUUCAGAGCUUCCUGCAGACUCUGGAACCUGUGUGGUUUGCCUUGCCAUUGCAUGUGAUUCAUAUAAGCCAGAGCACCACAUUUUCUGAGAGCCCUAACACCUUCCCUCACCCUGAAUUGAAGUACUGUAUUUUCUAAGGCUUCUUUUUCAUGCACACAGGUGCCUGAAGUUUGAGUGUAGGAGCUUCAAGGAGUGGAGAGGCGAAUAUACAGAAUGCACAGAUGCACUGGCUUGUUAAAUGAAGUGUUUGCAGUGUUGUGCUUCGUGUGGAUUUAUGCAAUACACAGUGUGUGGUAGUAAAGCCAUUCGGAUCCCAAUCUUGUUGCACACUGUUAUUUCCAAGGAUGUUUAUACCUCUUUGCUGUUGUGAUUGACAUAAAAUGACAUUAAAUGCUCUUUUAUUUUUGUUUUGAAGUCAUACUGGAAAAAAAUGUCAAGAGAAGACGCUGAGAGGGGCAAAAAAAGACUUGAGCAAGAAAUAAUGUCUGUAUUUGGGAGUGUUUGUACGGGAUAUCUGAUAAAGUCUGAAGUGUCACAAUACAAUGGCUCCCAAGGCUUGUAUUGAAUUGCAGUGCCACUCUCCUUUCUUUACUAUCACUGGUAAUUAACACAGAAUGGAAUGAGCACAUCUGCAGAUUACUUCCAGUAGCACAGCACCAGGUGUGCUCACAAAGCAGUUUGUAGAAGUACAACCCCUGACUUCUUGGAUUGCUUGCAUGGUAUCAUUAAACAGCAACAAGCAUUGUUCCAUGGAAUAGGAAACAUUGCCAGUUCUGUUCUAAUAAAUGAUGUCUUGAUUCUGUUGGACAUACA